AUGAAUCGACGUAUCAAAACGGCCCGUGCACAGCUGCACCUCCAUCAUAAAAGGCAGAAAUUCAGUUUCACCGAGUCCAUUCAUGCUACGGAUCGAUGCUCAAGUCGAACAUCGCUCGCAACUCUGAAAACGCUGAAAGAGCGCAUUCAGUGCUUACCAAGCUUUGCGCAUCAAAGUAUGCUUGAUCUGAUGGAGGCGAAGCACCGAAAUGGCUCAGCAAAUAGAUGUACCGCAAAGGAUACUGAAUCAUCAAGCUGCUCAGUAAAAUCGCUGAACACACUGCAACUCGUCGACUAUGGUCUUACAAUGUCGGCAACAUCGCCAUUCUUCCCGUCGCGUCAACCUACACCAGAAAUUAUUGAGAUGCAGGAAGGCGAUUUGCUGCUUUAA